AUGGAGUCAGGCAUCUCACAGGCCUUCCAGGAAGUGCUCACCUGCCCCAUCUGCUUGGGCUGCCUUACAGACCCAGUCACCACAAGCUGUGGCCACAGCUUCUGUCGGGCCUGCCUCUGCCUUUCCUGGGAAGACCUGCAAGUUCCUGUCCACUGUCCCACGUGUAGGCAUCCAUCCCAGCAAAAGGACUUCAGAACCAACCUUGUUCUGAAGAAGCUGGUGAACAUUGCCAGACAGGAUAUCCUCAUGAAGUACCUGAGCUCUGAGGAGAACAAGUGUGUGACCCACAAGGAGGCAAAGAGGAUCUUCUGUGAGGAGAACAGGGUCCUUCUCUGUCAAUUGUGCUCUGAAUCUCAGGAGCACAAGGGUCACAGACACUGUCCCACUGAAGCAGCUUCUGAGGGGCAAAUGGAGAAACUUCUAAAGCAAAUGGCAUCUUUAUGGGAGAAGAUCCAAGAAAAUCAAGAGAAUCUAGAAGCAGAGAAGAGAAUGCCAACACAGUGGUUGGACUACGUGACUCUUCGGAAAGAAAUGAUCAGGACAGAGUAUAGGAAAGUACAUCCAGUCCUCUAUGAAGAAGAAAAGCAACAUAUAGAGUGUAUGGAAAAUGAAGGCCAAGCUCUUUUAGAGAAACUCUGGAAAAGUGAAGCCUUGAUGGUCCAAAAGAGGAAUCAACUAAUAGAAAUGUAUCGGGAGCUGAUGACAAUGUCCCAGCAGCCAUAUGUGGUGCUGCUCCAGGAUUUGGAAGACAUUUUGAGAAGGAGUGAGUCAAUGCAGCUCUGCAUGCCCCAGGUGAUGAAACCAAAGCUCAGUGCCCUGCGCAUCACUGGACUGAUUGAGAGGUGCAAGUGCUUCCUAGUGGUCAUUUCAUUUGGAACUACAAUCUUAGCCCGUGACAAGACCCCAUUUGAUGUUGUGAGAAGAUUCAUCUUUAGACCUCACCAUCAGGAGACAUCUGUGAAAUCAUCUCAACACUAUUUUCCCGCCUGGGGAUCACAGAGCUUCACCUCUGGGAAAUAUUACUGGGAGCUGAAUUUAGUAGAGUCUUUGGACUGGGCUGUAGGAGUCUGUAAAGAUGGCAGCCAAGAGACUGAACCUGAGGGUGUAUUUCUCCUUGUGUGUGUGAAGCAGGGUAACCAGUACAGUCUCCUCACCACCUGCCCAGAAUCUCAACACUAUAUAGAGAAGCCAGUGGGCCGGGUUGGUGUGCUCCUUGAUUGUGAGGGUGGAUGUGUGAGUUUCCUGGAUGUAGCCAAGAGUUCCCUCAUAUACAGUUACCCUCCUGGCACCUUCAAUUACCCUGUCAGGCCUUUCUUCUGUUUUGGCGACAGAUUGUCAUAG